GAAUGCAGAAUAUGUACUGAUGCGGGUGUGAACGUAACUAUCCCACGGGGAGUCGGAUUAUCCGACACGGACCUACUAGUGAUCAUGAAAACAGGCGAACAGAGUAUUUGUGAGACUUCGGAUGCAUACGCAAGUGUAUGCGUGGCCGAUGAACAGACAGACCGGCCAAUUUUGGCACAAAUCAGCGUAUGCUCGAAGACAAUACACUAUCCAAACAGACGCCAGAAAGAGAUAUUAUUGCAUGAAAUCGCCCAUACACUGGGCCUAACCUCAAGUUCGUACGCGUUCUUGCGUCAUAGAGACGGAACUCCACGUACCCCAAGAAAUAAAUUGACUGAUGUCCCUAAUUUAGGACAAAAUGAUAAAGGCGUUUUCAUUACAGCAACAACCACUGGUCUGGAAAAGAAAAUUGUGCUACAAACAGCCAGUAGAAGUGUUGAGAAAACGGUUUUUCACUUUACUCUUCCAACUGUACUGGAAGUUGCACGACGGAUAUUCAACGCACCCAAUCUAACUGCCUUUCCAAUGGAGGAUUUGAGUAUUGAAGGACUUGAACGUUCUCAUUUUGAUGGUAGAACCGCUUUG